UGCCAGGAUCAGAGGCAAACACAGACUCUAUAAAUUCAGACCACUUCCACGCCGGCGUUUCCAACCGAGUCCAAGGUUUAUUUGUUAAACCCUCAUUCCCUUGACCAUGAAUACCCGCAGUGCCUUGUUAGGCCUUCUGUUGUUCCCCGCUGCAUUGGCAGGAAAGACCGGUCCUCGCGCGGACAUACGUGCAGACAUAAAUAGAGACGGCACCAUCGAUUUGACCGGUGACACGGACGUUACGGGGAAGCAGGAAUGGACCGAGUGUCGCGGCGCUGUGUUCCUCCCUAAUAUCGGAGACACUGACCGACGAUGCUCUAAGAAGGCCCUUAGCGGACCACCACUAUCCAACGAGGAGCUAGACAAGUGCAAUGAUGCCUCGGACAAUAUCCAGCGAGCUUCCGACCUGAUGGCUCCUGUCUGGACGGUCCCCAUUCUAGGCCUCCCUGGCGAUGCUCAGGGCUUUGUCUCCGUUGUUCAGAAGCGGGCGCGCGAGAAUGUUCGCGUCUUCCGCCCUGAUGGCGCCGGGUGGGCGUUUGUGAACUCCACUCAUGCGUUUACUAAGAAAGAACUGGAGAGGGGACUGAAGCUUGGUGUCGAUGGGCGCGAUACUCGCCGUCCCAAUGGCUGGGAUGGCCACGCCACUCUGCGCUUUUCGAUCAUCGGAAAGAAUCUAAACUCGACGGAUGAAGUGCAUAUGAGAGUCGCCCCAGUGCUUACUCACCAUCACCUGCAAUCCGUGCAGCAGGUCAUUACUGUUCAGGGAAACGCUACUGAAACGCCGUGGCAAAAAAAUAUACCGAAGACCUCUCAAAGGCCCAGCGAUAUCUGGGCCCAGGACUUCAUGGAGCCCGGAUUUGCUAAUAUGCCCGGACCCAACGGUACUAUCUCUAUCAGAAUUAUGAUCCGCUGUCCCCAGGACUCCCGUGUAGCCGGUCGCCAACUGUUCGAAUACUACCGCAAGGCUGGCGUAGGAGCAGUCCAACAUCUCGGCGGCGCGCGUGACGAGAUCAAUUCUGGUGGAAAUAUCGAAACCGUGCCUCCACACAAUGCCCACGGAAAGUUAUGGCCGGCUGGGCGCGUUAUCCUCGGUACCCAUGGUAAACAGAAGCACCAUAUUCUUCCCUACCUCCAGGCGCAGGAGACGCAAGACCCAAUUCUCCUCGAUACUGACUGGCUAGCUAUCGGCCAUGUGGAUGAAUUCCUUCAAUUUCUGCCCGCUGACAAUGACCGCGGGUGGCUGGUGGUAGUUGAUGACCCUCGAGCAGGAAUCCAACUGCUCAAAGAUCUCCAACAAGCCGGCCACGGAAACAUCCCGUCUAUUUCCCGUAUAAAUGACACACAAAGCGCCCCGAUCAUUUGCGAGAAGAGCUUCGGCUGUGACGCGAUACCAGUCACGCCCUCGACUAUCACCCAAGCCCUCGACGAUACGGAACUGCUGCAAAUUAACCACGAAUGCGCCAAGCGCAUUGACGCCAACAUCGAGACCCUGAAGAAAGAAGUCGGCCUUACCGACAAAGACUUCAUCCACAUCCCUUCCCUGUUCAAGAGAAGCGAGCUCUUCGGUGACGACACUCAAUCUCGCAAGGUGGAUGCGUUCUUCCCAGGCGUCAUCAACAACCUCGUCCUCACUGGCUUCAACACCUCCAUUGGGCCCAACCCAUGGGGACCGUCUAUCAAUGGUACCGAUGUCUUUGCAGCAGCCAUCCGCAGAAAGUACGCCGAUAUCGGAAUUGACCUCGUCUUCAUUGACGACUGGAACUCCCACCAUAACUAUGGUGGAGAAAUUCAUUGUGGCAGUAACUCGGUUCGUGAUAUGUCGCAGGCAUGGUGGCGAAAUCAGGAUGGCUAGUGCUCUAUUAGCUGUGCUGCCUUGACUCUGUUCGACGAUGAGCCCUCUUGCCUGUCCUUUGUAAGUGACGUAAUGACAGAGUUGGUGAAUAGGUUUCUGUUGAUUAUAUUUUCCUUUCUCCCCAGAUGGUCGGUCCUCUGUCUUGUACAUACCAUGGCGCGACUGUGUCCCAU